AUGGGCAAAAAGCGCGCACAAUCGCCCCCACGAACAGCAGCAGCUGAAGGAGAAGCUGGUUCGUCCUCGCAGCCUGCAGAACCAGCAAAGGAACCUACACCACCUGUACAGGUCCUCUAUUGUCAAGUUUGCUCUUUCCCCCUGGAAUACUGCGAAUUCGGGUCAAGCCUUACAAGGUGCAAAGAGUGGUUGAAAGAGGAGCACCCAGAUCUGUACGACAAGUUCUACUCAGAAGAGGCCCUGCAAGCCAAAAUCGGUACCCUUAGUCUUGAGGCCCAAACGAAACUCGAGAAAGAUACGGCGAAGAAAGAGGCCAAGGCUGAGGCCAAAGCCGAUGCUGCACUGAAGAAGAAAAUGGCAUCCCAGGUGACGAUCAAGCGGAUAGAGCGCACCAAACGCAAACACGUAACCGCUAUCCACGGGUUGGAAGCCUUCUCAAUCGAUCUCAAGAAGGCUGCCAAACAGCUUGCAGGACGGUUCGCUACGGGAGCAUCGGUCACGAAGAACGCCCAAGGACUGGAUGAGAUCGUCGUUCAAGGCGACGUUGCCGAUGAGGUGUACGAGAUCCUCGAGAAGGGCGAAGGGGUACUCAAGGGAGUACCUAUCGCGAACGUUGACAUCGUAGAAGACAAGAAGAAAAAGGCGACCGAGUGA